CGCUAUGAUCCCUCGUCACCACACCUUGCCCAUCCGCCUCCACCCAAAAGCUUCCUUCCCCCUUCUUCCUCCUCCGCCAUCGCCAUUGUUGCACCACAACGGAGAGGACCGGUGAUUUUCAUUCAUAAACCUUGAGGCUGUGUGUGUCUGAGAGAGAGAUCCAUGGACCCGUGCCCGUACGUGCGGGUGCUGGUCGGCAACCUGGCGCUCAAAAUGCCGGUGGCGCCGCGGCCUGCGGGGGCGGGAGCCGGCGUGCACCCGACCACCUCGCCCUGCUACUGCCGGAUCCGCCUCAACAAGCUCCCUCUCCAGACGGCCGCCGCGCCGCUCCUCCCUUCCGACGACGCCUCCCAGGGCCAGGGUCCCGCCACGACGGGCGCGCUCGCCGCCGCCUUCCACCUCUCCAAGGCCGACCUGGACCGCGCCACGGCGAAGCCCUCCCUCUUCGGCACCCGCUCCGCCAGGCUGAAAGUGGCCGUGUACGCGGGCCGGCGCGGCGUCACCUGCGGCGUCAACUCCGGCCGGCUGCUCGGGAAGGUCGUCAUCCCGCUCGACCUCAAGUCCGCGGCGGGGAAGCCCGUCGUCUUCCACAGCGGCUGGCUCUGCAUCCCCAAGCGCGGCGCCUCCGGGCGGAAAUCUGGGGUGGCGCAGGCGCAGCUGAACCUGACGGUCCGCGCGGAGCCCGACCCGCGGUUCGUGUUCGAGUUCGACGGCGAGCCCGAGUGCAGCCCGCAGGUGCUCCAGGUGCAGGGCGCCAUGAAGCAGCCCAUGUUCACCUGCAAGUUCUCCUGCCGCACCAACUCCGACCUCCGUUCCCGGUCAAUGCACUCGGAUCCUGGGACGAGGAACUGGCUAACCUCGUUCGGGUCGGACAGAGAGCGCUUGGGGAAGGAGAGGAAAGGGUGGUCGGUGACAGUCCACGACCUCUCAGGCUCCCCGGUGGCGCUGGCAUCCAUGGUGACGCCAUUCGUGGCAAUCCCAGGCUCCGACAGGGUCAGCCGCUCAAACCCCGGCGCAUGGCUGGUGCUCCGGCCGGGCGACGGGACAUGGAAGCCAUGGGGCCGUCUGGAAUGCUGGCGGGAGCGCGGCGCGAGCGCGGCCGGCGGCGACAGCCUGGGGUACCGCUUCGAGCUCCUCCUCCCGGACCACCCGACGGGCAUGGGCACCGGCGUCUCCGUGGCGGAGUCCGCCAUCCCGUCGUCCCGCGGGGGCAGGUUCGCGAUCGACCUCACGGCGGCGCAGCCGUUCGGGCGGAGCGGGUCGCCGGCGUGCAGCCCGAGGGGGAGCGGGGACCUGACGGGGUACGCGGCGGCGGCGCUCGGGAGCUGCUGCCACGGCCGCGGCGGGUUCGUGAUGUCGGCGGCGGUGCAGGGGGAAGGGCGGUGCAGCCGGCCCACGGUGGAGGUCGGGGUGGCGCACGUCGGGUGCGCCGAGGACGCGGCCGCGUUCGUGGCGCUGGCGGCGGCGGUGGAUCUGAGCAUGGACGCGUGCAGGCUCUUCUCGCACCGCCUCCGCCGCGAGCUCUCCAGCACCCGCUCCGACUCGCUCCGGUAACGUACCGGAAGAUUUGAGCAUGGAUGGUUGAGCUUCACUGCCUGAGACGAAUCGAAGGAGAGGUGUUUUGGGAUCUGAUUUGCGAAGAAUGCGGCCACAAAAUGUACAGGGAGAUAGUGGCCGGAUUGAUCGAGAGAGAAAGGGGGAUCCGGGAUCGUGAUUGUGCGUCUGUUGGGGUUCUGGUCUCUGUUUUUUCGAGAGGGAUCAGAAUCAGAUCAUCAGGCGGUUUUUUUGUUUCGUUUGUUCUAAGAUCACAACUCGUGAUUUUUGGUGCGUGCGGUGUGAUCAAGUUUCUGUUCCGUGUGUCAUUUGCAGUAGUUUGUGUUUUAGUCUUCUAGGUGCUUUUUAAAGUCUAGAAGAAGUAAAAGUAGGAGCGAGUUCAUGUCUUUGUGCGUGUGUUUUGUGUGUCCAUGUCCAAGUUUUAAUUCCAGUGUUUCUUUUCUUCGGCCGUGAUGGAUCUGAAUAGCCA